CUCUAAAGUGCCGAGCAUAAACAAAGUUAAUAUCAAAUAAACGGGCCAGAAUUCUUUACCAAUUUGUUGCUAAGUAAAUAAAUUGACUGUUUAGCAUGUCUCUCUUUCCCGCCUAUGGCGGUGGCCAGCCCCUAGCAGCCGGCAGUGCGAAAGAGGAGGCGAAACCAGAAGAGGCGACAGCAACAGGCGCGAAUUGGAAAAACAACGAGAGUUACAUUCAAAAACAUAUAAAAGAUGUAGAUAUAGCAACUCAGGAAGCCCAACCAGACAGCUCCUCCAGCAGCGAGGACUCCGAGGAGGAGGGGGACAAGGAAAAGCAAGAGGAUGUACCCAAAACCAAGGAAAUACCCCGGGGUAAACCUCUGGAAUUCGAUGCCAGCGAUGAGUUCUAUGUGGACAAGAAGAGCAACAGCUCCUAUAGAAACAUCAGCACCCUGACUAAACCCACACGACCACGCUACAAAACCCGGAUGGCACGACUGCGGGAUGAGAACCACAAGCACCGUGGCUUCUCAAGGGCCGACUCCAAAUUGACCCUGAAGAACAGUCGCUACGUCAGAAAGCAGCUGCCCGUUGAAGCACUCAGCGAGGAGGAGGUGGCCAGGCUGCAGGAGCAGCUCACCCGCAGCAAAGUGCUCGUACAGCGGGAGCCCGAGGUGCUGGACCACUGGCUGGAGCUGCACCGCCUGCUGAAUCUCAAUUUGGACAAGGCCAAUCGACUGGCGGUGGCGGAGCACCAGCUGCACACCCUGGAAACGGCACUGGAACACCAUCCGUCCAAUCAACAGAUUCUGCGGCUCUACACGGACGUGGCCAACGCCACAUAUCAGGCCAGCGAGGUUGCUGCGCGCUUCGAGAAAAUGCUGAAGAGAAACCCCUUCGAGUACAUACUGUGGACAAACCUAAUAAUGGUCACCCAAGGCAACAUGGCGCGUUGCAGGGUGCCAGCUGUGCUCCAGAUUUACGCGUACAGCAUGCGCCGAAUGCACGUCGGACACACCGAUGAAAUAACCAGGAGAUUCGAGACGACGGAGACGGAUGUGAUAAUGCUCAAACUGUUUCACAAUUGCUUACUAUUCCUACGCCAAUCGGGCAAUAUAAACAGGAUGUUUUCCGUGAUUCGUUUGUCAAUGGAGCUGAAUUUCCCGGGCCUGACGAUGAAUUGCCUGGAGGCAAGUGCCGCCAAUGAAGCACCAUUAAUCGAGUUUGAGGAAAUGGUGCUGGGUUCGGGAAUGCCGAUGCCCGAGAUCUGGACGCGAGUGGAGAAACUCAGACAGGCGUACUGCUUCCUGCCGUAUCCAAUCUUGACGUCCUCGUCGAUUGAAGACUUCAAAGGAGAAUGGGAUACCGAGCGUUACAUGUUCAGCGACGAUAUUGUCCCAUAUGCACACGCACUGAAGUCGCCGGGCAAUCGCUUGCACCUGCUGCUCGUGGUUGUACAACUAACGAAAAUGCCCCUGAUUCGCAGCUGCUGUUUGGCAAACAAAUUAAAUCCGUGCAUUGAGGAGUUCGGCGAGACCGAGGCCAUUGAAAUGCUUUUCGCUGUCCUGGCAGAUAGGCACUCCUAUGCAGUGUCAGCGUCGAACUAUGCGGACUGUGAUGCGCCCAUGAUGAACUUGGCCAAAGAAAUGUCCGUGACUCCCAGCUUUAUGCCGCACUUUGUGGGACAUGACGUGUAUGCGGAUACCGUCAGUACUUUGAUUCUUAAAUGUAGCGAAGCUUUUAGCGGCGAGGAGACCAAGCGACGGACAUUCCUGAUUCUGUGGCUGCGAUUCCAGCGGCUCUUAAUAGUGCUGCACAAGCUCAUGGGCAAGCUAACGAAAUCUUAUGUAAAGGAUACACGAAACCGGAUUCGCGAAGAGAUCAGUAAGUCGGAGAAUCGUGAAGUUGUACGUUUUUAUACGGAGCUGGCCUUGUGCGAGUUCGAGGGUCAGAAUAAUAAUGACAAUGACUGGCGUUUCUUUUCCAUAUUUUGGAAGAUAAUCACCGAAAAGUCGGCCGAAUCCAGCCGCAUCAGCUGUCCGGACAUAAUGCACCUCUAUAUAGUUUGUGCUGAAUUGCUUAUACAAAAUCGUCACAAGGAUAGGGCCAUCGAUGUACUCGUUUCACUCUGUGUCGAAACACAUAUCAUUUUAGACGAGACUUCUAUCAGCUCCAAGGAAGUGAUUGUAGAAAGCAUAAAGAGCGGAAUAAAGCUGGUAAAUGCGGAACUGAAAGCCCUCGAUGCACAGCCAGCUGAGAUGGCUUUGGAAGAGUACUUCAUGCCCAACCGACUACUUAUCCUUUUGCGUGCUCUCUCUUUGCUCGAUAUACUGUAUGAUCCUCGAAAUCUGGAGGUUAAACAGUUUCUCAGUGACCUGCAGCAGAAGGAGCUUGGCCCCGAGGCCGCGAGGACCAGCGAAAGAAAGCGUUUCCUUAGGGAGCAGGUCAUGGAAAUACAGCUACUACAGCUGCAGUUGUCCAUUUCCCUAGCUGGCGAUAUUGAGAUCUAUUGCGGAUUCAGUGAGAGGAAGCUAGAGGAUCUGCUGGAGCGAGGACUCGAGGAGUUUCCGCGAAAUAUGGUGUUUCUACAGCACUGGACCAACUUGAAAACGAUUCUGUGGCACAAGCAGCGUGCCCGCUUCAUACGCACCAAGGCCGGUAUCGCUUCACUGGCGCACCUGGUCAUUGCGGCUCACAGUCGCGUUCAGAUCAUAGAACCCACUGAUACGUUUUCGAAGGACGCCAUACGUGUGGCGGUGCGCAAUCGUUUGAUCAACUUGUUUGAGGCCUACCUUCCGACCAAUUCAAAUCGUUCGGAAAUUGAGGAGGAGCAGUAUCGCGCACUGCGCAGGAACUCCAUCUAUUGGCGCUUGUACAUGACAUGCCUAUCCGAUACGAAUGCCACUUUUCAGCGCAGCAGGGAAGUGCUUCUGAUGGCCAUUGACGAGUGUCCCUGGGACAAGGCCUUGCUAAUGGAAGGAGGCAAGGUUUUGCCGAACGAACUGUCAUUCCUACAGGACCUGAUGACCGAAAAGGAAAUACGCAUUUUCGCUGUCCCCGAGGAACUGGGCAUCUUGCGGGACCAGUGAGUCUCGUCAGCUAAAUUUAUUUAUUGCCUGAUGUUUUUCUAGCAUUCGAGCAACUCGAUAAUUUAGCUCUCUAAAUAUAUAUAUAUUUUUUUUAUCAAAAUAAGCUGAAGUUUGCUUUUAGCUAAUUUACGAUAAGCGUUUUGGCAUAAUGUUGUACAUGCCUACAUAACUACAUAAAUCCUAAACCGCUUUAAUCGCAUAUUCGAUUCGAUUCGUAGCACUAUUUUUGGUACUUGAAUAUUCGCCUUUUGAUUAUGCUAAAAAAUUCCACGACGUGCGCGGGGAAAUCAAAUUCGCAUAUCGAAUGUCGGAGAUUAGUCAAACUCAAUCUUCUAACUAAUCCGCUCCCCCCGAAUCUAUCAUUUUCUUGUGUUUAUUAUUUUGUGUUAUAUUGUUUUAUAUUGUGUUAUCGCAAGAUAACCGAAGAAAACUCAUAAGCCAAAGCCGCGCCGAUGAAAGCACUAUACACCUGAGUUCGCAAUUGUAGCACCGGCGUGCUGCAAGACGAAAUUUGUUUAAUUAUUUGUAUAUUAUUGAAAGGGAACAUUGUAAAUAGCUUUUAGCUAUUUAAUAUAAUAACUUAAUAUUGGAUUUCCCGUUGAGCUGCGCUGAGAUAAUUUAAAAAUGUAUUUUAAGAUGUUAGCUAAAAUUUUAAGUGAAACAAGUUGUUAAAAAUUGUAGUUUUAAUAACAAAUACAUACAAAUAAAUACAUUUAGAUUAAUUUUUACAUCUUAAGGGGUUUUUAUAACCCUUUAUUUUAAAUGAUAUCAAUGAAAUUGACAAUUAAAUGAUGGAUAUUUUAUAUGCAAUCUAAUUUUGUGACCGCAAGUGUGCCGACCGAGUUGCGUGAGUGCGAGCGGGAUAGCUGUGGCGAAGUGCUGGUUCGUCUCGAAUGUUGCGUAUGCGCCCUGUCUGCCCAGCCACUUUAGGCUCCUGUUCGUUACUGUUGCUCUUCGGGAAAGCGUGGAAAUCGGGAGAGGAAAAACUGCGAUGGUGAAGCGUGGUAAUGGGGGCAUGAAAAGCUCCGCUGGCCGAAACGCAUUAAAAGCUGUCUGAGCGCGAGCGUCCUGGCUGCUGUCCGUACGUCUGUCCGUUCGUUCGUCAGUCCAUCCAUCCGUCCGUCCGUUCGCCUGCUCGUCCGCCCAUCCGACGUGUUUGGACCGGGCCUCAUCGGUGGCAGUCGGUCGGCAUCUGCCCAAGUCCCACGACGCGUUGUCACUCCGCAUCGGCCGUUGCUGCAGUGGAAGCGGCCCGUUUGGCCAAGUGGCGUCUCCGUGGUCCCUAGUCUCAUGGCACGGCGGAGUCUCCUCUCGAGGUUUCCCAGGCACUCCAGCCCGUUUCCAGUUCCUAGGUUAGUGCUAGAGCUCGGAAUACCUGCCCGAUAUCAGGCCAAUCCAUAUAUGCAUAUAAACAUAUAUUAAAGUACAAAGAAACACGAAGAUAUUCUAA